AUGACAUUCGUGGACGAGCCGCAGACCGGUCCCAGUGGCACGUGGGACGCGACGGCGUCAGAGGACGGCGACUUGCUGCUGUCACUGUCUGAUGCUGGGGGGCCGCUCACCAGCGGCGAGCCCACAGAGGAGGAGGACAACCCCUACACCGAGGAGGACGCCUCUGCCCACGGCCGCCCGCCCGAGGCGCCGCCAUCCGAGGCCGGCAGCGCGCUGCUGGAGGAGCUGCUGGCGGACGCGGCCGCCGGCGCCCCCGUGACGCUGGAGCGGCUGGAGGGCAUCUUCCCCUUCCCCCUCGACAGCUUCCAGCGCAAGUCAGUCGCGGCCCUGCUGGAGGGCAAGAGCGUCGUCGUCUGCGCCCCCACGGGCGCCGGCAAGACGGCGAUCGCGGAGGCGGCGGCGGCGGCGGUGCUGGCGCGGGGUCAGCGCGUGAUCUACACGACGCCCCUCAAGGCGCUGAGUAAUCAGAAGCUGCAGGAGGCGCGCGCGCGGUUCGGGACGGGGCGCUGCGGCCUGCAGACGGGCGACCUGUCCCUGAACCCUGACGGCUCCAUCGUGGUCAUGACCACAGAGAUCCUGCGCAACAUCAUGUACAGGACGGCAGAGACGGCCGGACGUGAGCGGCGGCAGGACAAGGGGGCUGGGCGCAGUGGGCAACGGCCGGGGGGCAUCUGGUGCCUCCAGUGGUGGCGCCACGCGUGCUGA